CAUUGGCCAGUUCGUGUCCUCCACCAUGGCCACAGCAGGAAUUUAAGGAUGCACCUUGACCACUCACAGACCACACCAGAAGGGUUCCAUCCAAAACAAACUGGGGUUGUCAUCGUCAGUUAUUGUGUGAAUCGAAGAGUCACUGUCGUGGUGCAACCAUAACCUGAUGAUUUGAAGGAUUAUAGUUUUGCUGUAAAAAAAAAGGGGAUUAUCAAAUAUCUAUUAGAUUCAUUAUUUUCUUGGGCUUCAGUUUUUGUCUCACAACUUCAAUUGGAUUACUACGGAGAUUCCUAAUAUUUUCCUUUCUACGUGAAAGUUUUGGAUUAUCGUUCCAACCUGAACCUGUCCUUCAACAUCAGACAGGUCUCCCUUCUUAUCUCGGCCCACAGGAACAACUUACAGGAGAURYACCUGAUAAUAACUCACCAACGCACCCUYGAAAGGCCAAGCCAUACCUGUCUGUCUAAUACAACAACCUUCGCAUAACCUACUCCUAUGAAUCGCAGUAGUCCACCUUAUUUUUUUGCCCAGAACUUUCCUUCUUUGAACCUACCAAUAUUCUUUCCUCAUCCUUCACUGCUAUCUCUCUCUACUUGAUUAUCUCAACAUCUCCUCCCUCUGUCCUUUUCUCUAUCCUCUCGCUUUCUCUCUGUGUGCUGUGUUGUUUGUUGUGAGCACCAGCCAUGGUGCUGCUGAAGCUGCAGUUCCCUCUGCAGAGGCGUGUGCGUCUGGCCCAGGGUCUGUGGCUGCUGUCCUGGCUGGCCGUGCUGGCUGGGGCCUUCACCUUCUCCCUGGGAGUGUACCUCAAGACCGAGCUGCUCCGCAGGGCAGAGGUGAUGGAUAACACAGAGAUCCACGUGGUGCCCAACAUCUUGAUGCUGGUGGGCUUGGUAACCAUGGGGAUCAACCUGUUUGCUGGGCGGGUGUGUCAGGACUCCCUGGACUCUGCCCGGUUCCCCCCCUGGAAGCCCUUCCUGCUGCCCUGGUAUGGCCUGGCCUGGAUGGUGUGUGUCUGGUUGCUGUCUGCUGUGGUGCUCAGCUAUGCCCUGCAGGGACACCUCGAGGAGUCACUCAAGGUAAGGGCCUCUGGGGGACUCCUCUCCAGUCGUGUGCGUAGCAACGUGGACGGUCGUUACCUGAUGGAUGGAGUCCCCUUCAGCUGCUGUAACCCCGGCUCCCCUCGGCCCUGCCUCCAGAACCACCUGACUGACAACGCUGCUCACUACAACUAUGAGCACCAGAGUGAGGAGCUGAACCUGUACAACCGCGGCUGCAGACAGGCGCUGGUCGACUAUUACAUGGGCCUCAUGAACACCAUCGGCCCUGGGAUUCUGUCGGUCAUCUCCCUGCAGAUAUCAGUGUUGGUGAGCCUGCGGUACCUGCASACGUCUCUGGAGGGCGUGGACCCGGAGAACCCCGAAGCUGAUAGCGAGGGCUACAUCCUGGCGAAGGGGGUUAAGGAGACCCUGAUGGAUGUCAAGACCACUGUGUUCAAACUGCUGCAGUUCGGACAGGUGGAAGCAGGUGACGAGGCAGAKGCUGGGGCGGACGGCGAGAAGGCAGCCACGUCCAGCUAGAUGAAAGAUAAUAUAUAACCAUAUAUGGGUUUGAGAAGGGGAGUGAGGCUGCUUUGUCARGUGACAUGGUGGUCUUGCCUGUCACCAGGCUAAUGGUGGGCUAGCUAGCGCUCUGUGUUGGGUUUGACACAGGCACUGAUCUUUUUGGCUUGAUUUAUACUGCAACAAUGUAUGAGCACUAAAAUACAUAGGGAAUCUUAUCAUGAAUCUUAUUUUAUCAUGCUCCGCACAGACUAGACAUGACAAGAUCUAACAAUCCAGAGGUUUUUUAAUUUGACAGAAUUUGUAAUUAUAAUCUUUGAGACACAAUGUUGUGUCCUGUUGCUCCUGAUGGACAAUACAUCAAGUUGAGGGGGAGGGUGAUGUUUCAUGUGGUGGAGAACAAUCAAAGUCAAACUACUGAAAGGCACCCAAGAACACACACAUACAUUUUGUAAAUAUWCAAAAACAAUAUUCACAUACUGGUACAUGAGUAAAUGAAAAAUCACACACACUUUGAAGUAAACUGAUGUUCUGAUCUUUGAUUCGGAUCAGACAAAAUCUAAAUCACACAGGUAACAACUUAAUAAUACAAACAUUCACCCCGUYUGAAGAAGGCCUACAGUCAAUUGAAUGCUGGACUGGCUAGAGUUUGUUAACGCACUGCUAAGUAACAUGUGAAGUUGGCAUCUGGCAUUGAGUAUAUUAAAGUUAGUUGCUUUUAAUGGA